AUGUUCGCCAAGAUCGUGCUCGUUGCCCUCUGCGUGGCCUCUGCUCAGGCUGGCCUCCUGCCCUUCCAUGCGCCUGCAGCUCUGGCUGCUCCACUUGCUCCUGGCUUCGCAGCUCCGCUGGCUGCUCCUGUGGCCACUGCCGGAGUGGUGGCUCCCUAUGCCUCCAGCUUCAAUGCUCACCGCAUUAACCAUGCCGUGGCAUACCCAGUGGCUCCUGUCCCAGCUCCAGUGGCCUUCGCUGCUCCCGUUCCCGCUCCCCUGCCCGUUCCUGUAGCUGCUCCCGCUCCAGUAGCCUUCGCCGCUCCUGCUCCUCUGCCAGUGGCUGCUGCUCCUGCUCCGGUGGCCUUCGCUGCCCCCGCCAAGGUUGCCUUCACCGCUCCCGCUCCAGUGGCUGCUCCCCUGGGCUUCGCUCCUGCUCCGGCGCCUGUUGCCUUUGCAGCACCGGCCAAGUUCGGAUUCGGACCCUUCGCCGCUCCCCUGGCUGCUCCAGUCCCAGCGCCUCUGGCUCUGGCCCCCAAGUACGCUCCCGCCCCAUACUUCUUCUAA